AUGGCGGACCAGGAAUCGCGUCCUACCUCUAUUACGGAGUGGGGACCGGGGAAAACACCGCAGGGUAGGGCUCGUCUACCCUCGAGCAGACCGCGCGAAAAGCCGCAGCUGUCAUGCAACCUGUGCGGCGAUGCGGCACACCAGCCUCGUGUCACCACACAGGACCGCAUCCGCCACCUCGAGAGUCUUGUGUUUGAUCUGAUGCAGCAGUCGUCCGUCAACCAUGGCCAGCACGGAGGAGGAACGCCUUGUUCCCCCGUCGGAAGUACCCGUUCCCCCGUGGACACGCCUGUCACUUCACCCGCCGACUACGGUAGCAUGCAGUUUCCGGGCGGAGGCGCGAAUUACGUGGGUAGUUCGCACUGGGCUGCUGUUCUCGACGGGAUUGCCGAGCUCAAAGAUCAUUUUGAUAACGAAGAGGAGUUGUCGCAUCCUGAUGUCCAGGGCGUUGAGUCGCCUGGUGCGGAUAUGACUGGCCCCCAGUUGUUCUACGGCUGCCGCAAGCCCGCUAGCAAGGACGAGAUACUGGCGUCGAUCCCUACCCGCCCGGUAGUAGACCGAUUGGUCUCACGCUAUUUUAACUCAUUUGAGAUGUCGCCCGCCGUACUGCACAGCGUACAAUUCCUCAAUGAGUAUGAAGAGUUCUGGAACGACCCAUCUGCAGUGUCGCCCCUCUGGUUGGGCCUUUUGUUCACCAUCAUGUGCUUGGCAACCCAAUUCGAAAAGUUCCGCCUCGACCCUGGCGUGCAGUCCCCCGCGGCUCUGUCCAUGGAGAGAGAUCUCCAGAAGAUGGCUGAUGCGUACAGGCUGAGGAUUGGUCAAUGCCUUGUUCUUGGCAACUACACCAAAGGCGGUCCCUAUGUUCUUGAGACGCUUAUGCUGUACAUUGCCGCUGAGGUGUUUUCAAGCACGGAUGCGGAGAUCGACAUUUGGAUCCUGACGGGGAACACGGUUCAGAUUGCCCUGCAUAUGGGGUAUCAUCGAGAUCCAAAGCACUUCAAGGGCAUGUCGUCUUUUGCUGCGGAGAUGCGGAGAAGGGUCUGGGCGACUCUUGUUGAGAUGGAUCUCGUACUCUCUGCCCAGAUGGGACUGCCAAGGAUGAUCAAGCAGUGGCAGACUGAUACGCAGGAGCCGUCUAAUCUUCAAGACAAUGACUUUGACAAGACGACGGUUGAGAUGCCUCCGUCAAGGCCAGACACAGAAUUGACGCCCAUUCUUUACCGUCUUGUCAAAGCAAGGUUGAUGACGACGGUCGGAUAUAUCUGGGACUUUGCGGCUGAUGUGCGACCGUACACCUUUACUGAAGUCGAGAGAAUGGACAACAAGCUGGAUGAAGCACGCAAGUCGAUCCCGGAUUGUCUCAAGUGGCAUUCCUUCGCCCGCUGCAUCACGGACUCUCCUCAGAACAUCAUGCAAAAGGUCGUUCUAGAAACCCUGUUCUAUCGCGCAAAGAUUGUUCUCCACCGAAAGUUCAUGUUCGGUCCCCCAGCAAACUCUGCCGAUUCCAAGCGCAUCGUCUUGGAGUCGGCACUCAAACUUCUAGACUACCAACACAUACUGCAGGAAGAGACACAACCCUUCUGUCAGCUUUACCAAGAAAGGUGGAGGGUUUCUUCAUUAGUCAACCACGACUUUUUGCUUGCGACUAGCAUACUGUGUUAUUACCUGCAGAACACGAAACGCGAGGGCAUGCAGGUUUCUGAGUCAGAACCGAUGGAUGAAACCAUCCUAGCUUCCCUCAGAAGAUCUUAUGACAUCUGGUUGCAGUCGAGCAAUUCGUCCAAAGAGGCGAGAAAGGUUGUGAAAGCAUUGGCGGUAGUUCUCGGAGUCAAUAAUACCUCAGAUACAGAUUCAGGGUUCGACUCGACCAUGUCGUUCGGCGUUCCUUCGGGGUAUGCCUCUUCCAGCAUCAACGAUUAUCAAUCAGAGAUUCCAGCAGGUCUCGGCUCACAGUUUCCAAUGCUUGAUGGCACGAUGAUGCCGAACUGGGCCACGUUUGCGGACGAUUUACUGGCUGCGCCGAUAGCUACCCCGAGUAAUCAGUGGCAAGCAAUGGAUGAGACGGUGGAUGCAAUGGGGUCUCUGACAUGGCCAUGGAACUUGCAAUGA